UUCCUUAGAAACUAAUAUAAAAACACCUCUACGUAAUUUAAAAAACUCUUUACACACAGAAAACUCUUCCACUAGUCUGAAAUUGAACGGAGAACACCAGUUGAAUUGUACUAACAGUUUCAACCGGGAAUUUACAACAACUCUCGACUUUGUACAGUACUCCCGUGAAAGAACUCCUUCAAAAACUCUUUUUCGUCAAAAUAAUUCUUUUUUAGAAAAUAAUUUAAGACUUCACGAAGAUUAUAAAAGUGAUUCAAAAGUCUCAAGAGAUUUUUCUAAAGGGGGACUUCAGGAGUUAUAUAGACACCUUAAGCCAGUUGUCACUUUAGAUGAAAUGGCUUAUGAUUACACGGACUUAUCAGAUGAAUUUAAAGAAUUUAUUUGCUCUAUUUGUGCAGAACCAUUUUUAGAUCCUGUUGAUACUAGUUGUGGGCACACCUUUUGUAAGAAAUGUAUUACUCAUUGGUUGGAAGUCAGCCGUAAAUGCCCUCAAGAUAACAAAGUUUUGCUUGAUUUAAACCUUUUGCCAACCAACCGAAUCAUUCGCAACCAAGCAAACAAAUUUAAAGUUUAUUGUUUUAACAAGUCAAAAGGAUGUACUUUUCAAGAUCAACGACAACUUAUCCAUUCGCACUACCUCAAUGAGUGCUCAUUUACUGAAUUUCGUUGUCCUUUUGAAAACGAUGGCUGUAAAGCUACCAUGACUAGGCCUUUUAUUAAUUCUCAUAUUCAGAUUUGUUCCAAUAGGCGCAUCCAGUGUGAAUGCUCUGAAAUGGUUUCCUUUCAGGAUUAUUCAGUUCAUCGCGAGCGUCAGUGUCCUUCGUUAAAAGUGAAGUGCUCUUAUUGCGGGGUUUUAGUUCAACGAAUCGACGAGCCGUCCCAUUCAACCACGUGCCCUGAAUAUCGAGUGACUUGUCGGUUUGUUUAUUGCGGCUGCACUUUUUUUGGGCCGCGAAAGUUCAUCAGUCAUCACUUGAAGGAAUCUUGUUAUUAUAAUAAAGUUGAAGGGCUUUGUAAUGAAGUUCUCGAGUUAAGAAAAUUUAAAAAAGAGAUUUUAAAAUUACUGCCUGAUUUAAAAAAAAUAAUUCGGCUUAAUCAAAAUGAAGCCACUUUUGAAAAUAAUUUAAGAAAAUUGAAAUAUGAAAGUUUUAUAAGAAAUUAUGAUGACUCAGAUUCAAAUAUUAAUUUUCAAAAUAUAAAUAAAAAUACCGAUUCUUCAGCGAGCAAGCACGAAAGAAAUUUAUUGACCGAUUCGAGCGAUUGUUAUAGUGAUGGGAACCUUGAAGAAUCCUGUGGGAUUUAUGAAACUGGAAAAAACUUCGAUCAUUGCUAUGAAGUAUUUCCUGAGAUGUAAUUUUUUUAUAAGUAUCAAAGUA